UAACAGGCAGUGACUCGAGGAGUUGAUAUUUAACAGAGGCUGCUCUGACUGACAUCAUUCAUUUCACCUGGCGUGGGAGCCGAGAAUUAAAGACAGCAAAAGGGAUUCUGACAUGCACUUUCAGAAAUCACAGAAGGAAAAGGCGUGUUACCCUCUGCCCACAGUGAAGAAACUCCUGGAGCAGAAGAGAAAGAGAGAGACCUCUUCAGCACCUCCCUCCUGCUCUACAGCAUCUUACACUGCUGGUGGUGCUGCAUCUGUCCCAGUGUUGGCAUCAGUACAAUCUCCCACUGCCGGAGCCAGUGCAAGCUACACAGACAUGGGAGCAGUUAGAUAUGACCGAUGGGAAGUUCCCAGCAUUCAUCAGGCACAUUCCUCCCUUCAGCAGUGCAGCCCGUUCACAUUCAUGUCUAGUUCCUCCAUCACACCAAACUUUACCCAGACUGGACAGAUGCUUGCCACUGGCUACAUUAAUGGAUCCGCAGAUUACCACAUCAUUAGGUGUUUUACCAGAGGGGUCCUCAAGGUCUUCAUUCUACACAUCUAUACUGCGAAAGGCCUGAGGGAAUAUGCUUUUGCUGCUGCGGAGAAACUUCGCGAACUGGGGAAGUUGGACUCUAAAGAACAUAAGGGCAAGACUGCUUUGCUGGUGGCUGUAACUGCCAGUCAGCCAGAUAUAGUCCAGGAUCUACUCUCUCUAGGUGCGGACAUCAGCAUCUGUGACGUCAACGGUCAAACUGCACUUCAUCUGGCUGCCACCUAUGGUUUCCCUCGUGUCAUGCAGGUUAUACUCUUUGCUGGACUGCGAGUGGACCUGGAAGCUCGUAAUUUUGAAGGCCUGACUCCUCUGCACUGUGCAGUGAUCUCUCACUGUGCCACGAUGAAGGCCAUAAAUGCCUCCUCCUCAUCCUCAACAUGGUUGGCUGAUGGCAGUCUACAGACUCAAGCAGAAGAUAAACUGAUGUGUUUGCGGCUUCUUAUAAAUGCUGGAGCUUCAGUUCUCAGCCAGGAAAUCAAAAGCAACAAGACAGUUCUUCACCUGGCAGUGAAGGAGGGGAAUAUCCAACUUGUGCGCUUCCUCCUCAGCCUCCAACUCUCCAAUAUGCAGGCGUUCAUCAACAUGAAAGCUCACGGACACACUGCCCUGCACAUGGCCGCAGGGCUGCAUGGAAGCCCCUUUCAGGAGGAACUGAUCCGGCUGCUGCUGAGUCGUGGUGCUGAUCCCAGCAUCCGCAACCUGGAGAACGACCAGCCCGCUCAUUUGCUGCAAAGCGGAGACACAGGAGAGAAACUCAAGCUCAUCUUGAAGAAGAAAAGUGCCUCCUCUAGGCGGCGUUUUACAUCCUUACAGGACCAAGAGUGACUAGGACUGAUUUUUAGUCCCAGCGUAUCCCACUUUCUCCAAUAGAGAUGCAGUCAUCUGGAUCAAAUAACAGUAUGCGCUUGAAACAUUAAUCUUGAUCAUUUUGUUAACUGUUCACCAUCAAGAUGUGGACAAAAACUAUUCAAAGAGCUGUUAAAAACGUUCAUCUCUGGAGAAAAAUGGGUUUAUCAUCAGUAUCCUUUUAUGAGGAUUUUCACACAUUGCAUCAUUUUUAGUAUGACAGUAUAUUUUUUUAAAGAUCAUUCAUUGGUUCUGUACCAUAAAGCUGCUUCCCAGUUUAUUUAAAGAUGAAAACAAAUUUUAGUGUGUUCAUGAAUAGUGAUUUCAAUGAAAUUGUCAUGAGGACUGUCAGUACCAGUCGAGUUUCCACCUUCAAUUAUAAACCAUAUUGGUUUGCUUACAAGAGCAGCUGAGCUGAUUUUUUUUUAAUUCACUGUAUCAGUGGGGUAUUCUUUAAUUGUUUUGAUAUGUAUUUAUAUAGCUUCUGGUUGGUAGAUGUUGCAUAUUUUUCUCUGUGCUCAUGUUCAUGUUACUUUCACUCAGGGGGAAAGAUCGGUUAUUUAUUUCAUUGUUUUAUAUGAAUGACAUCAGUUCUCUAUGUAAUGCACUUUUCUCAGCAGCACACUUGAUAUCAUAGCUGUCCUUACAGGAGAUGUGUCAUCCAGACAUCAUGUAUGUGAAUGUGUUAUUUUGGUGAGUCAUAUAUGAGGGGGUGAAAUCAAAUGUCAGGGGGUUCUGAGGUGAGAAGGUAGUUUUGUCAUCGAGACCUGCCAGAAUCAAGAUGUCAGAAUUAUUAAUAUGAUUUAACAAUGUCAUUUCAGUGGAAUAGUAUGAAAGGAAAGAUUUUUCUAUGUGGGGAUAGUGUCCAUCUUGUAUCAAGAUUUCAAAUGUUGGAGGAUGUUGUUGUUGUUGUUCUUGAGUCAAUGAUAUGCAUGAUUCACCUGGUUGAAGUACAGAGUCCCUCUGGAAAUUCAAAUGAGGGAAAACACACGCUCAUGUCACUUUCUAGUAAAACAAAGAGAGGUCUGUGGAUUUAUGAGAAUUAAUUUGAAAACAAAGCGCAAACUGCUUUCUGUAGAAUUCAUUUAUGAAACUUUGCUCAUUGUUUUAGUAUAUAUCACAAACACUCAAUGAAACCAUCUGACUAAACCAAAUUCUGUGAGUAUAUGAAGUAGCAUUAAAAUUUGCUUGAUUGUAUUUACAAUGUUUUUUUUUAAAUAUUGUUCAUGAUGUGUCAUCUUUA